AUGACUCAUCCUAUACCAAGUCCUCGCGCUUACCCUUUUAUUGGAAACUUGCUGGACAUCGAUGCAUCCAACCCGACUGCCAGCUUGGCUCAUCUUGCCGAUGUCUACGGGCCAAUCUUCAAGAUCAGAGUGCCAAAGGAGCGGUUAUGGGCGACCAACUAUGCCGUUGCAUCCGAGCUUUUCGACGAGAAACGGUUCCAGAAAGCAGUCACUGGGCCUCUGGAACAGGUUCGCAACCUCACCGGCGAUGGAUUGUUCACUGCGUACCAGGGCGAGCCCGCAUGGCAGCUGGCACAUCGACUGCUAAUGCCAGCGUUCGGGCCCCUGCCAAUCAAGUCCAUGUUCCCAGAGAUGCAGGACAUCGUGAACCAGAUGGUCCUCAAAUGGGCGCGAUUUGGCCUUGAUCGAGAGAUUGAUGUGGCUGACGAUUUCACCCGGCUGACGCUCGACUCCAUCGCCAUCUGCGCCAUGGGAGACCGCUUCAAUUCAUUCUAUCACGAAGGUCAGCAUCCUUUUGUGGACGCUAUGGUGGGGACGCUCUCGGGCUCGUUUGCGAGAUCACGCCGCUUGCCGCUUCCAUCUUCUUUCUACGCAAAGGAGGACCAAGCGUAUGCAAAGGACAUUGCCACCUGCGAAAACCUUGCGAAGGAGCUUCUCACCAAUCGCCGUGCAAAUCCCACGGAUAAGAAGGAUCUGCUGAAUGCGAUGAUCAAUGCGGAAGAUCCAAAGACAGGAGAGCGGCUUAGCGAUCCGGUCAUCAUACGCAACAUGGUUACGUUUUUGAUCGCAGGUCAUGAAACGACAUCGGGGCUUUUGUCUUUCCUGUUCUACCUGCUGCUCGAAACACCUCCGGCUUACAGGAAGCUCCAGGAGGAGAUCGACACUGUCGUUGGCAAGCGGACUGUCACCGUCGACGAUAUGGGGAAGCUACCAUAUGUUGAGGCGUGUCUCCGCGAAACACUGCGAUUGUACUCCACUGCUCCAGCAUUCACGCUCACCGCCAAAGGUGACCAGAUCAUUGACGAGAAGUACCUGAUCAAGGACGGCCAACACAUCAGUGUUCUCUUAUCCAAAUUUCAUCGAGACCCGGAAGUAUACGGUCCAGAUGUCGAGGCCUUCCGACCGGAGCGCAUGUACAAGGACGCCUUCACAAAUCUUCCUCCGAAUGCGUGGAAACCCUUUGGCAACGGCUCUAGAGCGUGCAUCGGCCGACCUUUUGCGUGGCAAGAGGCCAUUCUUGCUGUCGCGGUACUUGUGCAGACUUUCCAGUUCACCAAGGCGGACCCGAAUUACAAGCUGGAGAUCCAGACUGCCCUCACCAUCAAGCCCAAAGGCUUCUUCAUGAAGGCGAAGCCGAGGAAUGCAGACUUCCUUGAUACUGCCGCACAGCUUGGCGAGGCACCUAAGGCGAAAGUGCAGGCUCCUGGAGUGAGAGGGAAAUCCGACGUCGACAAGUCAAAGCUUCAGCCGUUGGAAAUCCUGUACGGCUCGAACACCGGGACAUGCGAAGCCCUGGCGCAAGCACUUGCGUCUGCGUCCCCAGAUCACGGCUUCAACGCGACUGUCAGAAGCUUGGACGAGGGAGUCUCGUCGGCCAAGAAGAACCACCCCGUGGUGAUCUUCACGGCCAGCUACGAAGGACAACCACCAGACAAUGCCGGCCAUUUUGUCGAGUGGGUCACAUCCUCUUCCAAUGCUGGAAUUAAGGAUGUCCCGUACGCCGUCUUUGGCGUGGGAAAUAGGGAAUGGGCUGCCACUUAUCAGAGGAUCCCCAAAGUCGUCGACGAAGCUUUGGCUAAGAUCGGUGCUAAACGCUUAGUGGAUCGCGAGGAAUGCGACGUCGCAGCCGACAAGGUCUUUGAGAAGUGUGAUGACUGGCAGGAAUUCAAACUCUGGCCUGCGCUUCGAAAGCAAUUCAACGUCGACGCACCGCGAGACGCUGGCGGGCUGAAGGGUCUUGAUCUGUCGCUCGAUACCCAGAUGCGUUCCACGAUACUUCGCCAAGACACCCUGAUCGGUGAAGUCACAGAGACGAAGCUCCUCACAUCGCCUGGCGCACCUAGGAAGCGUCACAUUGGCAUUCGCCUUCCGUCGGGUACGCAAUAUCGAGCAGGAGACUACCUGGCCGUGCUGCCGGUGAAUCCACCCGCUCUUGUGAAGCGGGUACUCAACCGCUUCCAACUGCCUUGGGAUGCGAUGAUCACUAUCGCGGAGUCCAACACGACAAGUCUGCCGAAGGGAAUGCCGAUCAGUGCGCACGACACUCUGGCCAGCUUAGUCGAGAUUGAGUCGCCAGUCAGUAGCCGGGUGGCAGCGAGUGUAUCCAAGUCCAUUCCCGAUGAGAAGGCCGCGAGCGAGCUGGAGGAGAAGUUGCAGAAAGGGAAUUUGACCAUGUCGCUUCUGGAUCUCCUGGAGCAGUAUCCCGAGGCGCAAAUUUCGUUUGCACAAUUUCUGGCAUCCCUACCGCCGAUGCGAAUACGUCAAUACAGCAUCUCAUCUUCUCCACUGGCCGAUCCCAGCGUCGCCACUCUUACCUAUUCCGUCAUCGAUGCACCCAACAGAAGUGGCGGCAAGCAGAAUUUUGUGGGCAUCUGCACUACAUACAUGGAGCGGCUCUCGGUUGGCGAUCGCAUGCAUAUCAGCUUGAAGCCGAGCCGUACUGGCUUCCAUCUACCAGCGGACGACCAUUCGGCCAUCAUCAUGGCGUGCGCCGGCACUGGUCUGGCACCAUUCCGCGCAUUCGUAGCGGAGAGAGCGAUCAAAAAAGCCCAUGGCGGGGAGGUCGGACCGGCGCUUCUGUUCUAUGGCCUAAAUCGUCCCGAAGAGGAUGACAUGUACCGCGACGAGUUCGACGCCUGGGAAAAGGAGGGUGUCGUGAGUGUUCGUCGUGCAUACACGUUCAAGCCAGAGGAGUCUCAUGGGACCAAGUUUGUUCAAGAGCGGCUCUGGCACGAUCGGGAAGAUGUGGUUGAUCUGUUUCGUCAAGAUGCAAAGUUGUACCUCUGCGGUGCUGGAGUAGUUGGACAGGGUGUGGAGGGCGUCAUGACCAGAAUCCGGUCCGAGAUGACUGGCGAGAACGAGGAGACUGCGAAGCAAUGGGUGCAGGACCUGAAAGGAGACCGCUUUUGGUCGGAUGUGUUUAGCUGAGCGUGUUCGUGGAUUGAAGUCUUCUGCACAAUCA